AUGCCGUCAUUAAUUCCAAUAGGAACAUUCGUAUUAGCCAAAUGGCCAUCAACAUCUAAUUAUUAUAAAGCUCGUAUUAUCGAUUACACUGAUGAUAAUAAUUAUGUUUGUCAAUUUUUGGAUGAAAGUGUUGUUGCUUUACCAUCGAAAUAUGUUGAUUUGCCGGAAAAAUUCCAGCGUACAACAAAAAAGCUUUCUUUUAUGCAAAAUGAACAAAUGUUUGUUGAUCGUUCUUUAACAUUUAAUUCAAUGAUUAUUUCUCUUGGUUGGAUAGCUAUAUUUUUAUAUAUCCAGCAUAGUUUUUAUCAUAAUCCUGAUCUAGAUGGAUCACCUGGAUCAUCAAAUCGUACUUUGUUUCAACAAUAUCCGAUUGUUGUUGUUCAAUAUCUUCUACUAUGGUUUAUAUUACAAUUAAUUUUUGCUCGAUAUUUUCCACAUCUUGGUAAAGAACAACUUAUUUAUAUUAAAGAAUCUCAUCCAAGUAUUUAUUAUAAACAUCGUUCAAAUAGUUUCCUGGCUUUCAUUAUUACUUGUUUGAUAAUGUUUCUUUUUCGAGAGAAAAUUCCUCUAAGAGAACUAACAAAAUCGUAUUAUUUAUUAGCUUUAUUUAGUCUUGGUAUUGCACUUACAUUUAGUCUUAUUUUAUUAACUAAUAAACUAUUUUCUCGUUAUUGUUCAAUAUCUAUCAAUGAGAUUGAUCAUAAUCAAAAACAAACUCACUUUGAUUUUCAUUUAUUUCUUUCAAUUCGUCCAGGUAUUAUUCUUUGGCCAGCACUUAAUCUUCUUCUAUUUUUAACUAUUCUCAAAUAUAAUCGUCAAAUAUCGAUACGUUUUGUACUUUCAAUUCUUCUUCAAACUAUCUAUAUUAUUAAUGUGUUUAUUAACGAAACUUCAAUGAUACGUCAAUCAUUAGAUAUUUCACCUCCAUCAUCAUUCGAUGCAAUUUUUACUAAUCUCUGUUGGGUACCUUUCAUGGCAACACUCACCUCUUUUUACAUUGGAAGAAGUCAUCGACCAGUUCAUACAUACAAUCUUUUUCUGGCUGUUAUACUCUUUAUCUUUGGCUUCGUAGUACAACAUCUUGCUAUGCGUCAACGCACUGCGUUUCAAGCAAUGAACAAUACCAAUCUAGUUGAUUCUGUCAUGGUAAAUGAUACUCAACGAAUAUUAACAAGUGGUUGUUGGCGAUGGUGUCGUCAUCCUCAUUUGCUAGCUGAAAUAAUCAUGGUCAUCGGUUGGUCACUACCAGCUGGUACAAAUCAUUUAGCACCAUGGCUUUAUACAUUCUAUAUUAUCUGCAUGGCUAUAUACAAAGCACAUUAUUUCGAUCGAACACUUCAAAAUACAUGUACAGAAGGUGCUUAUGAACAUUAUAUUGCACAUGUAAAAUAUACACUUAUUCCAUUUGUCUAUUAA